AUGGCAGAGGCUAUACUUGGAGAUCACGACCAGUACAGCUGCUCAAUAUGUUUGGACUUGUUGAGGGAUCCUGUGACAAUUCCGUGUGGACAUAGUUACUGCAUGGGCUGUAUAGGUGAGUGCUGGAAUACAAAUGAUCUGAACGGGAUCUAUAGAUGUCCACAAUGCAGACAGGCCUUCAAUUCAAAGCCUCCACUCAACAGAAGUACAGUGCUUGCUGAAAUAAUGGAGAAACUGAGGAGCACAGAGCUGCAAGUGUCAGAGUCUGCUCAAUGUCUUGCUGGACCUGGAGAGAUUGCGUGUGAUUUCUGUGCUGGAGAAAUGAUCAAAGCUGUCAAGUCUUGUCUGGAGUGUCGAGCCUCUUACUGUGAAACACAUGUACAACCCCACUAUAAUGUUCCUGCCCUGAAGAAACACAAGCUGGUGAAAGCUGCAGUCAUUCCAGUAUGCCCCAAACACGACAAGCGUCUUGAGGUUUACUGUCGAACGGACCAGAAAUGUGUCUGCAUGCACUGCUUAUUGGAUGACCACAAGGGCCAUGACACAGUGCCAUCUACAAUAGAGCGCAACGAGAAACAGGUGAAGAUGUCCAUCAUUUUUUACUUUAAUGACUUGUAA